CACGGGUGCUCUCUCUAUAGCACGCCACCAGACCUCAACCACGAAUAUUCAUCCAUCAGCCUUCUCAUUCUACAUCCAUUGGUUCUCCGGAUACAUCGAUUUCCAGCCAGAAUGUUUGCACGAUAUACGUUCCGAUCCGCCCAGCCUCUGGCACAGGGCCUACGAAAAUAUUCCUCGGAAGCUCCGGCUAAAUCAUCGCGAGCUCCUCUAAUUGGGGGCCUUGUUCUUGCGGCCGGCGGAGGAUACUACUACUGGCAAACUACUUCUGCAAAGUCAGUCCCUGAACCGAAGGAGCGCAGCGCAGUCUUCAAGGGAGGGGACCAGGGAUGGGUUGGCUUGAAGCUCGCCCACAUCGACAAUGUUAGCCAUAACGUCAAGAAAUUCCGCUUCGAAUUUGAGGACCCCGAGAGUGUUUCUGGUCUCCAUGUCGCUUCCGCCAUUUUGACCAAGUAUAAGGGUCCAACCGACGAGAAGCCGACAAUUCGUCCUUACACUCCUGUUAGUGAAGAAAGCCAACCCGGCUACCUUGAACUGCUGGUCAAGCGAUAUCCAAAUGGCCCGAUGUCCAACCACCUUCACAACAUGGCAGUUGGCCAACGACUUGAUUUCAAGGGCCCUGUUCCCAAAUACCCCUGGGAAACUAGCAAGCAUGAUCACAUCUGCCUGAUUGCCGGGGGAACUGGCAUCACGCCCAUGUAUCAAUUAGUCCGCAAAAUUUUCAGCAACGCAGAUGACAAGACCAAAGUGACCCUGGUCUUCGGAAACGUCACUGAGGAAGACAUCCUUCUGAGAAAGGAGAUUGAGCAUCUCGAAAACACCCACCCCCGUCGUUUCCGCGCAUUCUAUACCCUCGACAAGCCGCCUCAGGACUGGCCCCAGGGAACCGGCUUCAUCACCAAGGAACUACUCAAGACCGUGCUUCCCGAACCAAAGACGGAGAAUAUCAAGAUUUUCGUAUGUGGGCCACCGGGCAUGUACAAGGCUAUCAGCGGGCCUAAGGUCAGUCCAAAGGACCAGGGUGAACUGUCUGGUAUCCUGAAAGAGCUUGGAUAUAGCAAAGAGCAAGUCUACAAGUUUUAGACUCUGUUAAUUAGACACGAGCUGGCAAGGGUAGACUUUUCGUGUGUUUUAUCAUUAGAUUUAGAGGGAAUUAUAGGCCAUUUUUUUCCUUCUUGUCUUGUAUCUAUAUUGUUUUGACUUUCUAGAUGACGUGAUAGUGCAAUUUUCAAUGUCAUUGUAUCUGAGCAUAUUCAAUUGCUGCCUUUCUAUCACAUUCUCUUUGACUGACAUACCUAAACUGGCUAGCAGAACUAUGAAUUUCACAUUUGAUUCUAUUUGAUUUAAUUGCUAGAUUUCUUAGCAUUAGUAGACUGGCCGUGUGACCGUGUGAGUCCGUGUCUGAGACCAGAAUCAAACUUUACAGUGAUUACAUUGCUUAAAAGCAUUACUUCUGAUCACAGUUUAUAUUUAUUAUAUUAAUUUCAA